CACGAGAUUAUACUUAAAUUUUUAAAGAGAGAUAUUUAGAGAAGGACCUAAUGAACGUUCUUUUGUACAGUUGUAAUACUAAUAAUGACGGUUAUAUUCAUUCGAACACUUUUUCUUGUUAUUAUUUUUCUUUCCGUCUUCGUAACAUUGACCACAUCUAGUCUGUACAGUGAUGUGCGGUGUAAGUGCAUAUGCCCAAGUACUGAAGUUGUCAAUGGAAGUAAAACUGAAAGAAAGUUGUACAUAGCUAACGUACUUCCUAAAGACUGCACCUGUUAUGGAGUUGUUCUACCACAGGCAGCUGAAGAUAUCAGAAGCAAAGACAAAGAAUUCUGUCCUCGCUGUGAUUGUCGAUAUGAAAGGAGAAAUACUACAACUAUCAGAGCAGUAGUGAUCCUUAUCAUCUGGGUGAUAUCUCUACUUGUGGUAUACAUGAUCUUCCUAAUGUUAUUGGAUCCAUUCCUUAAUAAACGAAGAGCUCACUAUGAAGAACAUCACAAUGAAGUGUGUGUGGAUGACCCAAUUACAAUGCCCCUGCAGUCUCCCACUCCCACUACUACUGUGUUGAACAGAGUUGGGCAACAACAAGACAAGUGGAAACGUAGUGUUCAGGAACAACGAAGACACAUUUAUGAUCAACAUACCAUGCUAAACUGAUGUAUAAGUUUUAAGCAUGAUGUAUUAAGUAUUGAAAUACAUUCCUGAACUGUAGAUUGUAAAUUUUAUCACAAUCUUUUUAAGUAUGAAAAAUACACGUACAUUAAUAGUGUGUAGUCUGAAAUCCUAUUUGAACAACUAAGUUCAUGAGCAGUGAAAUAUGAGAUACUAGAAGAGGUCAAAAUAUUAUAUUAAACCUAAUAUUAUCCAGAAAUGAUCACAACUUAACUGAAAUUUCCAUUAUUUCUUAUUUCUUCACUGUAAAUAAACCAAAAAAAACCCCAUCAGAUCUGAAUUUGUAAACAUAAGUUAAUUGUGUCUUUUAAGUAAACUUGCUCAUGUAAUGUGUUUUUGAAGACUUGUUUAUAUGAGGUAAAACAUGUUAUCAAGUUGUUUUCUGAUUGAUUUUCGUUAGAAGAGUAAAAUAAAUCUCCUUCUAUAUGUAACUAUGUUUGAAUACAAAAUAUAUUAAGUGUUGUACUGCACAAAUAAUUCAGUAUACUUUGUACAUCUAAUGUUAAAGUACUUGGGUAGAAACAUCAAAGUAUACUUGGUUUAUAAUUUAAUUUCAAAUGAUGCCUAAUUUGUAGUUCUUUCUACCACAUUCCACAUAUUGUAAUUGGAGAGGCCCCUGAUGUAUCAACUCAUAGUCUUCUUCAAGUGCUGAAUCUUCCAAUAGUCACUCAUUAAAUGAAAUGCACUUUCACUAAAAAUAAAUACUCAGAGUUUUUCCAGCUAAAGGCCUUUUAAGUUGGAAACGUUGAAAAUUUUGUGAGAGAAGUAUUUGCUAUCCCAUUUUAAUUUGGUUACCCCCAGAAGUUAAGAUAUCUAGAACUGAACUGUCCAUGUACUUCAUGGCAAUUUAUUAAUGAAUAAGACUACUAUAAUUUAAGGUAAUACCUAAACAGGCUAUUCUAACCCUACAUACCUUUGGAAAGUUUACAAAAACAAAGUUCUUAGUACACUUUUGAUUUUUUAUUUAAAUCUUAACAGUUUAUACAAUGUUUUAAGAAAAGCUAAGUGGCCAAAAAUACAGUUACUGUACAUUUGUAUGGGAGAGUUCUGAUUUGAAACAAGUGUUCUCAAGUUUUCCAUUUCUAGUCCGUUACGCAUAUGAUGAAUGUGUGAGAGAAUAAAAAAAUUUUGUGAAAGAACAUGAUAUUCCAACUUCAGUUCCUAAGACUGAUAGCAAUUGAACAACGAUUUAGGUCUCCCUAAGUACAUAAAAAAAAAUCUAUAAAGAUAACGUGCCUUUUUUCUAAUUCUUUAAUAAUAUAUAUAGUAUUACAUUAUUUAGGUCAAAUUAUUUAUUUAACUAACUGUAUUAUUUUGUGUACUAUGAUGCAGUUAUAAAUCAAUUAUCUAAAGAACCCAAAUGUUUUUCAGUACUUAAAUGAAUUGUUCUUAACAUUUGAAUACUGUAAAAAGUUAGAUAUUAAUUUUGUUUUCUUAUGCAUAUUUUUUUUAGUGUAACAUACUCGUAGUUCUUGCAGUAAUUUAAUUAAUAAAAUAUACAAAUACUUUAUCAUUAAAAAUUAUUUUAUUAUUAUUCACUUACUUGCAUUUGGUGUUAUGAAGAAAGUAGUGAUAUUUGAAAGGAAAAUUUUAUUUUGCAAUUAGUUGCUGUGCAACAAACCACAAAAAUUGUUGAUAGUUCAAUUUAUUGUUUCAUGAACUUAACGAGUUUACAUGUACUUAGUGACAUUAUCAGACUUGCAUGGUUCAUCUGUAAAAUAAUAAAAAUUAUUGUUAUUAUUUAGCUCUAAAACAAAUUGGUGGUGUUAUGCAUAUUAGCAGUUUUACAUUAUAUUAAGAAUUUCAAACAUAAGUGUUUUUUUGUCCCAAAUGUAGUUUAUCAUUUUUUAAAACCUUCUUGGAGAAAUUUUGUAUAACACUAAGGUAAUGCAAGUUUUUCAUGUAAACAACCAAGAGAGAGAGAGAAUCCCUGUUUUUAACAACAAGUGUGUACUAAGUUAUAAUGAUGUGAAAUACAUCUUUAUGAUUCUGUAAGCUGUUGCAAUGCGUUAACAAAUAACAGAUAGGUUUAAGCACUUUUG